GCGUACUUCCCGGUUUAUGCUGACGCGUCCCUCUUUUCCUCGUACACCGACGUGUCAGUCUCCUUGUGCCCAGAGCUGAGCAGCACUCAGGCCGGUCAGUCCGCAGUCAUGGCUCCCAAAGGCAGCAACAAGCAGCAGUCGGAGGAAGACCUUCUCCUCCAGGACUUCAGCAGAAACCUCUCAGCCAAGUCCACGGCUCUGUUUUACGGAAACGCACUCAUCGUUUCUGCCAUCCCCAUCUGGCUCUUUUGGAGGAUCUGGCAUAUGGACCUCGUCCAGUCUGCAGUUUUGUACGCUGUCAUGACUCUGGUCAGCACCUACCUGGUGGCCUUUGCCUACAAGAACGUCAAGUUUGUUCUCAAACACAAAGUUGCCCAGAAACGUGAGGAUGCUGUUUCCAAGGAGGUAACCAGGAAGUUGUCUGAGGCAGACAACCGCAAGAUGUCUCGCAAGGAGAAAGACGAGAGGAUCCUGUGGAAGAAGAACGAGGUUGCUGACUACGAGGCUACCACCUUCUCCAUCUUCUACAACAACACUCUCUUCCUGGUUCUGGUCAUCAUCGCCUCCUUCUUCUUGCUCAAGAACUUCAACCCCACCGUCAACUACAUUCUGUCCAUCAGUGCCUCCUCAGGACUCAUCGCUCUGCUGUCAACCGGCUCCAAGUAAAGGAGAAAGGGGGGAAAAAAAGUGUGAGGAAGUGGGGGGGGGGGGGGGGGGGGGGGUGGGAGGGGGAGUGGGUUUAAAAAGGGUAUACAGUAUAUUGUUUUUCACUCAGUUUAGGAACAGGGUUUGAGGGGGGACUGGAAUAUCGCAUUUCAACUUCAUGAAAUUCAUGAUCAAAUGUCUGGAGGGUUUCUCCAGGUCUGUCUUCUGUUUUUUGUAACAAAUAAAGCAACCAGGUAUACUUGU